GCGCAGGAAAGGCAGGCGGAGGCGGGGGGCGGGGAGCCCGAGGGGUGGAAGCCGGCGGCGGCGGCGGCGGCGGCCGAGCGGGGUCAGUUCUCUGUAGUGCUUGCCAAUGUUGGAGCCGUCUGCAAAGUGUCCCUGGCAAGAAGUUUUUGGAGCCGUGAGGGAUACAGCAGUUUGGUCAAUAUUGUUUUAACAUGCUUCAAAUAAAUCAGCUUCUCUCCAAGAUAAAAUGGCAAACCCCAAAGAGAAAACUCCAAUGUGUCUGGUAAAUGAGUUAGCCCGUUUCAAUAGAGUCCAACCCCAGUAUAAACUUCUGAAAGAAAGAGGGCCUGCUCAUUCGAAGAUGUUCUCAGUGCAACUGAGUCUUGGUGAGCAGACAUGGGAAUCCGAAGGGAGCAGUAUAAAGAAGGCCCAACAAGCCGUUGCUAACAAAGCUUUGACUGAAUCAACACUUCCCAAACCAGUUCAGAAACCACCCAAAAGUAAUGUUAAUAAUAACCCAGGUAGUAUAACUCCAACUGUGGAACUGAAUGGGCUUGCUAUGAAAAGGGGAGAGCCUGCCAUCUACAGGCCAUUAGAUCCAAAGCCUUUCCCAAAUUAUAGAGCUAAUUACAACUUUCGGGGCAUGUACAAUCAGAGGUAUCAUUGCCCAAUGCCCAAGAUCUUUUAUGUUCAGCUGACUGUAGGAAAUAAUGAAUUUUUUGGGGAAGGAAAGACUCGACAAGCUGCUAGACACAAUGCUGCAAUGAAAGCCCUUCAAGCAUUGCAGAAUGAACCUAUUCCGGAAAAGUCACCUCAGAAUGGCGAAUCGGGAAAGGAAAUGGAUGAUGACAAAGAUGCGAAUAAAUCUGAGAUCAGCUUAGUGUUUGAAAUUGCUCUGAAGCGAAAUAUGCCUGUCAGUUUUGAGGUUAUUAAAGAAAGUGGACCACCGCAUAUGAAAAGCUUUGUUACUCGGGUGUCAGUGGGAGAGUUCUCUGCAGAAGGAGAGGGAAAUAGCAAAAAACUUUCCAAGAAGCGUGCUGCCACCACCGUCCUCCAGGAGCUUAAGAAACUUCCGCCUCUUCCUGUGGUUGAAAAGCCAAAAUUAUUUUUUAAAAAACGCCCUAAAACAAUAGUAAAGGCUGGACCAGAAUAUGGUCAAGGAAUGAACCCCAUUAGCCGCCUGGCUCAAAUUCAACAGGCCAAAAAGGAAAAGGAGCCAGAUUAUGUUCUGCUUUCAGAAAGAGGAAUGCCCCGACGUCGGGAGUUUGUGAUGCAGGUCAAAGUAGGCAAUGAAGUUGCUACUGGAACAGGACCUAACAAAAAGAUAGCCAAAAAAAAUGCUGCAGAAGCAAUGCUGUUACAGCUUGGUUAUAAAGCAUCCACUAGUCUUCAAGAUCAACUUGACAAGACAGGGGAAAACAAAGGAUGGAGUGGUCCAAAGGCUGGGUUUCCUGAACCAACAAAUAACACUCCAAAAGGAAUUCUUCAUUUGUCUCCUGAUGUUUAUCAAGAGAUGGAAGCCAGCCGCCACAAAGUAAUCUCUGGCACUACUCUAGGCUAUUUGUCACCCAAAGAUAUGAACCAACCCUCAAGCUCUUUCUUCAGUAUAUCUCCCACAUCGAAUAGUUCAGCUACAAUUGCCAGGGAACUCCUAAUGAAUGGAACAUCUCCUACAGCUGAAGCCAUAGGUUUAAAAGGAAGUUCUCCUACUCCCCCUUGUUCUCCAGUACAACCUUCAAAACAACUGGAAUAUUUAGCAAGGAUUCAAGGCUUUCAGUUGCCGGGAGAAUCAUGUACUGAAUGAUAACCACUGACCUGACCGGAUGAGCAGCCGCGUGCUUGUGCGUAGGAAGAGUGUACUGCACCCCCAGAUUUCACCGUUUUCAUCCCCCUUUCCAUCUUAGUCUUAUUCCGUAAGACCAAAAACUAUAAUUUCCUUUAGCAAUGCUCUAGCAGCUCUGUAUUGUGUAGAAUGAUCAUGUAUUUAUAAACAUUUUAUGAGUUUAGAUAGAAAAUCAGAAAGAAGAUCAUGUGUUUUGGCAGGUAUUUUGCAUGUUUUUUUGUUUGUUUGCCUUCAACAGAAACCCGAUACUUUCAAAUCUAUUGCCAGGUAAUCCUUAGUAAGUUUUUAAUUAGACUAUUAAUAUGAAAUUGAAGAAGCUGUUACCAGUUAUUGGCUCUGUCAUCUGAAAUUUGAAAGACUUAAUUUGAAGUUAAAAUUUUAGAAUUUGUUUUUGUUGUUUACCUUAAGAAUGACAAUAAAUCACUGUUUAAAAUAAAAAGACCACGACUCAUACAGUUAAAGUACUGGUAAAAAGCUUAUAGUUUAGUUCUAUAAUCUGCACACCAUGAACUAAAAAUAAACUGUGAUGAAAAGAAAUUCACUGCUCAUUUAUAAAUCUAGUUAUUUAGAAAUGUCUGAGAGUAACACUGCAUUUUUAUAGAAAAAAAAGCACAAAAUACAUUCAAGCUCCGAAUUGAUUUUUUUUGCUUGGAAAUGUUACUAUGGUAGACGUAAUUUUGCUGCCAGAGGAACUACUUAAAUUUUUUUAAAUUUGUAUUUAUUUGUUACUUCUUGGUGAUGGUAACAAUUGCAAUUUUAUAAUUACUUUAGUCAAAAUGUAGAGUCUGUUUACCCCAUUAUUGGCCUGACUGCUCAGACCUCUUUCGAAAGCCUACGCUAAGAUAAUAUGCUCUUAUUUAUGGACAAGUUAAACAUAUCCAAAUUUGUGUACUGUGAUUUUUACAUACUAUUGAAUAUAAACAGAUGGUUUUAAAACAUUGCUGUGCUGCUUUGAUCAAAUGAGCUUGGUAUUGAUGUGGAAUAUUGUAUCACUGAUAGAUCACAGCCUGCAGCUGAGCGGUAACAGAAGCUCUGUGGGAAAAGGCUUAGUGUCCUGUCAGGCACAGAGCAUAUCUUCAUAAUGUAACGGUAAAAGGUUAUUUGUAGUUAAGAGUAUUAAAGCCUAUUUCUUUAUGGGUAACUUUCUCAGGUGUCUUUACCUGGUAGGAAAACAUGUAGACUGUUUCUUGUUCUUUAAUGCUUCUAUUGGACUGUAGCUUAGAAAUUAUAGGGCCAGCUUGUUAUGCAUUACAUGCUACUCUGUUAUUUUUAAUUUCUGGAAUUUAAAAACAAUAAAUUCUUUUUCUGUGUUUCUA